ACAAGAUAUUCGCUGCUGGAAUCGUGUUUCUGUAAUGAAAAUUUUCCUCGCAACGGGAGAUCGAGAGAAUCCUGUUUCAUCUUUAUCCUUACCGAUCCAUUUCACUCGCUUCCGUUUCUUCAUCCGUUAUUAUGGCUUCUCAUUAUAACGUUUUUUUAAGCUUUAGAGGCGAAGAUACUCGCCAUUCUUUUACGGAUCAUCUUUACGAGGCAUUAAUGCGAGCAGGAAUGGUUACUUUUAGGGAUAGCGAAGAAAUUAGAAGAGGCGAAAAACUGCAGCUGGAGAUCGAGAGAGCAAUUAAAGAAUCUGGUGCUUCAGUAAUUGUAUUGUCACAGAAGUAUGCAACUUCAACUUGGUGCCUAGAUGAGCUUGCGUUGAUCCUCCAACAAAGGAGGGAGUGUAAUCACUUCGUUCUACCUGUUUUUUAUCACGUCGAUCCUUGUGAUGUGAGGAAACAAAGGGGAACUUUUGCUAUUGAAGUCAAAGCCUCUUCAAGGUGGACAGAUGACAACGUGAGCCUGUGGAAGAAAGCUCUUAAAGAGGUUGCUGAUUUGGCAGGCAUUGUUUUGUCUGGGUCUGAAGCAAAGCUUGUGAAGGAAAUUGUUGACAUCAUUUACAAUAAACUGGAUCGCAAUGAAGUUAGUCUUCCACCCAAUAUAACAGGGAUGGCCACGCGAUACGAGGAGAUCAGUUUGUGGUUAAAUCAACCGGAUGUUGAAUUUUUAGCAAUUUGCGAGAUGGGGAAAAACAUAGUUCGUCAAGAAUCGAAAUUCCCUGCAAAACGUAGUAGAGUCUGGCUGAGUAGCGAUUCUUAUAAGAUAUUGAGUAAACGAGAGGGUUCAGAAACUAUAGAAGGUUUAGCACUUGACAUGCAAAUGCUAGAGGAACAGAAGUUUGCUUACAAGUCAUCAAACCUCAAGACAGAUGCACUUCAAAAGAUGGAUAGACUGAAAUUGCUCCAACUAAACUUUGUGCAGCUCACUGGGUCCUACGAUAAUCUUUCAGAUGAGUUGAGAUGGCUUUGCUGGCUUGGAUCCGAUUUAAGAACCAUACCCUCUGACUUAUUCAUGGGAAACUUGGUGGCUAUAGAUAUGAGCUACAGUAAAUUGGAAGUAUUUGAACCCCCCAUGGUUCUUCCGUCACUGCAGAUUCUGAAUCUUACAGACUCGCACAACCUACGUGAAGUCCGCAACAUGUCCAUGAUCCCUCAUCUAGAGACUUUGAUUCUUUGGAACUGUCACAGUCUGGCUCGUGUUUGUGAAACAAUUGGAGGCCUGACAAGUCUUGCACUACUGAACAUGACAGGAUGUAGAAACCUGUGCAAGAGUGAGCAAACAGAAGCUUCUACCUCUGGUGGAGGAGUUGCAGAACAGCCUACCUUUUUCUUCCCACCUUCAUUACACCGGUUAUUCCUCAAGGAUUGUGAUCUUGAGUGUACUGAUUCGUUUCCUCUGAGUUUUAGUGUUCAACUAUCUUUGCAGUACAUGAAUUUAGGCAAUAGUCUAUUUGAGUUUCUGCCGUGUUAUGACCAUCUUAAAAAUCUUCGGGUCCUUGACUUGAGUUUAUGCUCAAUGCUUAGACAGCUUCUUUGUCUCCCAAGUACACUUGCAGAAUUGUAUGUGUACUAUUGUAUGUCGCUGGAGGAAAUAAGCUUCCAAUCACAUCGAUUCACAUUGCAAGAGUUUGGCUAUGAAGGCUGUAUUAGUUUAUUAGAAAUUGAAGGCUUUAUCAAAUUGGUGCCUGUAGCCAAACUUGAAGAAAACGAUUUGGGACAUAUGAAGUGGCUAAAAGAAUAUCAAAAUCAUGAGGUGUGCCUGGUUGGUGAUGAUGAGCUCACCAAAGGCAGAAGUUCAUGUGUCCAGAUGUUGUAUGAAUUCAAUAUAAUGAGCACAUCUCUUCCAGACAUGGAGGUUCCAAACAUGAAACCUACUUAUGUAUCAGAGUUAUCAUAUUUGUACUUUGAUGUGCCUCCGCCUCCCAAGAAUAGAAGGCUCAAAGGACUUGAUGUAACUUUUAAAUAUAAAACAAUAUCAGGUGAGGAUGAUGAUGGGUUAUGGUUCUGUAAGAUCAGUACGAGCAAUGGUGUUGAUUUGAUGUACAACCCCAAAGUCUUUGGCAAACCUAAAUCUGGUGAAGUUGGUAUAUGGUUAAGCUAUUGGCCAAUUGGAAAUGAACUGGACACUGGAGAUAAAGUCAACGUCUCCAUCGCUGUGAUCAGUGGAUUGGAGGUGCAUGAAUGUGGUGUGAGCCUUGUUUAUACUGAUGAUGAGGAAGCUGAGGAAACCUUGGAAAAUAACAUGGGAUUGGUAGAAUCUCUUGGAGGAGGUUUGUCUGGAUUUCAACUAAGCACAGGAGCUUACUAUCUUUGUCGCCGUGAUUUGUUUUACUUAAUGGAGGUCAGUAGACCGACUCCUGACUGGUUUAGUAUUUUAGUUGGUGAUACCAUUGACUGUACAGAGGUACGAGGAUGGAGAAAGACAGGUCGACCUACGCAGUUGAAUCCAUCGUUUACUGAGUUAAAGUUUGUUAGAUGCAUCAUCCAAGGUCCUGAAUCGGAGGACAUUUACAAGAUUGCAGAUAUGUCAAAAUCAUAUAUUGUCGAUAAAACAUUGGAGUUUACAUCAAAUCUGCUUGGGGAGUCAAUGAUAACUUCCACAUCUUCUAAAUUUAGUGAACUAUUAAUAAAGAAGGACAUUUACAAGAUCGAAGAUACGUCAAAAUCAUCUAUUGUAGAUAAAACAUUGGAGUUUACAUCAAUUUUUCCCGUGGACUCAAUCAUGUCUUCCACAUCGUCUAAAUUUAGUGAACUACCAAUAAGGGCAUUGAUAUCUUCCACAUCGUCUAAAUCUAGUGAACUACCAAUAAAGCAAGCAGAUCAUACACCUGAUGAACAUCUUGCCAUGGUAGAGGGCUUGGGUAAAGCUAGCAUCAAUCUUCCUUCAAGCGGAUCCAUGCAAAAGGCUGAAAAACAAGUAACUCACAGAGAAAUCGAACGUUACCGGAGGCGAGAAAUGAGCCAACUUUAUGCUUCACUUACAAGUAUACUUCCUAUUGAACUCGUAAAGCGAAAACGUUCCGUACCAGAUCAUCUGUUGUCAACAGUGCAUUACAUCAAAGAAAAGGAGGAAAAUAUUAAGGAAAUGAGUACAAAGAGAGAUCGGCUCAAGAAACUUUUUGACACUAAUGAAAGUUUAGUGAAUCACUUAUCCAAUACUGUCUCAGUGAAGUUCUGCAAUGGGAUGGUCGAUAUUGUGAUAAAUAGUUGCUUAGAGGAAGGUUUUACCUUUUCACAAGUACUAGAUGCAAUUAUCAAAGAAGGGAUUAACAUAGUAAGCUGCACCUCAACCAAAAUAAAUAAUCGGUUACUUCACUCUAUCCAUUCUGAGGUAAGUGAGAAGGCAUUGAUUGAUCCAUCAAUGUUGCAACGAAGACUAGUCUUGGUAGCCAAUACUUGGUCAAAUGUCAUUUAA